AAAAGGUGAAUAGACUGUAUCCUAAUUUUGAGUUCAAUGGUACGUCUGUAAAAUAUGCCGGAAGUGUCUUGUCAUGGUCACUUUUAGGUGUGAAUUUUGCAGCAAGGUAUACACAGUUUCCCAAAGUGACUAAUGAUGAAUUAAACAAGAAGGAUUAAUAAGGGAUUAAGACAAAUGUCGGGUUUACGGCGAAAGGAAAAAUGGGAGUCCAGUAUGUCGGACGUGACCUCCAACGGGAAUGCUGGGGACACGGGAAGUCUGGGUCCCCCCGAUCUCAUGACCAACAACAUCGACCCGGGGAUCUACAGAAAUAACGGCAAGGCGGCCAAUGGGGCUUCACAGGUUACCAUAGCAACAGAGGAUACAGAAGACAGCAGAAAGCAGAUGUUUGGUAAAGACGAAAACGAAGAACGCGGAAACUGGACCGGAAGAUUUGACUUUCUUCUCUCAAUGCUGGGAUACGCCGUUGGUCUUGGCAACGUUUGGAGAUUUCCCUAUUUAUGUUACCGAAAUGGAGGUGGGGCCUUUUUAAUUCCCUUCAUUUUGAUGAUGAUACUAAUUGGAGUACCCCUAUUUUUUAUGGAAGCAUCGCUAGGACAAUUUUGUAGCAGUGGUCCUCUCACAUGUUGGAAAUUUGCACCGCUUUUCAAAGGCGUAGGAAUAUCAAUGGUGGCGGUAUCUGCUCUGACGUCACUAUAUUACAACAUGAUCCUGGCCUGGUCCUACUAUUAUUUCUUUGCUUCCUUCACCAGUGACCUGCCAUGGAUAAAAUGUGAAAACAACUGGAACACCAGAGACUGCAGUACAAAGCUACCUUUGACAGAAUGCACCACUGGGCAGAAAUAUACUAACGGAACUUGUUACGAUGGUGACACUUUUGUUGGAUUAUGGGAUGCUAAAAAGUUUACCAAUGCAACCGGCCGGAAGCGGAAACUAGCAUCAGAAGAAUACUGGGAAAAAGUUGCUCUAGACCAGAGUUCUGGAAUUGAAGAGUUCGGUCAGCCUAAGUGGGACCUGGUGCUGUGUCUUAUGUUUGCCUGGUUCAUCUGUUUCUUAUGUCUCAUAAAAGGAAUCAAAUCUACUGGAAAGGUUGUUUAUUUCACCGCCAUCUUCCCUUAUGUGGUCCUGUUGAUCCUUUUCUUUAAUGGUGUAUUCCUGAGUAACGCUGGAGAAGGCAUCUAUUACUACAUAGUGCCAGAUUUUGAGCGGCUUCUUGACCCCCGGGUUUGGAAAGAUGCAGCUGUCCAGAUAUUUUUCUCAAUGUCCAUAGCAGGAGGAGGGCUGGUUACACUCUCCAGUUACAACCGAUUCCAUAACAACAUUUUAAAAGAUUCCAUCAUUGUCAGUGUUGGAGAUACACUAACCUGUAUAUUCGCUGGAUUUGUCAUCUUUUCUUACCUUGGUCAUAUGGCGGGUGAACUCAAUGCCAAAGUUGGAGAUGUGGCACAAGACGGUGCUGGACUGGCGUUUGUGGUUUAUCCCACAGCUGUGGCCAGUCUUCCCGCCUCGCCGUUCUGGUCAGCCCUCUUCUUUUUCAUGCUUAUUACAUUAGGACUGGACAGCCAGUUCGCCAUGUUGGAGACAGUGUUGACGGGAGUCAUGGACCAGUAUCCGGUGCUGAGGCCCCAUAAAACCCUCGUUAUUCUCGUCAUCUGUAUCGUCUUCUUCAUCAUCGGAUUACCUCUCUGCUGUCCGGGAGGUGUGUACCUGUUACAAAUACUCGAUAAUUAUGUAGGAGGAUGGACUCUCUUAAUUAUAGGAUUUGCAGAGUGUAUAUGUAUUACGUAUAUAUAUGGAGUAAAUAGAUUCAUAAAAGACAUAGAGCUUAUGUUAGGAUUGAAGAUGUUCAUCUGGUGGAAAAUUUGCUGGAUGAUUUUAAGUCCCAUAGCAUUAGUGUUAAUAUUCAUCGCCACUUUUAUUGACUACGAGGCCUCGACGUACGGGGACUACACGUUUCCGGCCUGGGCGGACGGUCUUGGCUGGUUCAUGGCGGUAGCCAUCAUAGCAGCUAUCCCCAUCACAAUGUUGUAUCAGAUCAACAGGGAAGACGAGGACACGUCAAUCUGGGAAAAAAUCAAGUUACAGUGCACGCCGUCCCGUGAGUGGGGCCCUGCCUUGGUUCGUCACAGAGAACUGGUGAACUACAUCGACGGCUGGGUGGAUGAUCCCUGGGCAGAGAAAGGAGCCUUCGUUAAUUACGCCUACAAAUCUGACAGUGAAAUUAGGACUGGAAGUUUAAAGUCUUUAGAAGCAAGUAGACUCUCUGCUAGAAUGAAAAAGUCCCUCUCUGACUCAAAUGGAUCAACGAAAACCGGAAUCUCGUUUGAAUCCUAUGUGUAAUUAAGUAUAUUGAUUGGUUAUAUUUUCAGUAUAUGUAAUUUAUAAGGAUUUAUUGUCACCCUUUCAUUUUCCUAUUCAGUAUUAGACGUGUUCGUAUAUUUCAUUAGCCAUACCUUUUGUCUGCCAUGACAAUAUUUGCAUAUGCCUUU